AUGAUGAAUGUUACAACAGAUGUUUGUGAAGCACUCUUGGGGCGCCGUAUUGGAAACGGUUGUAUUCUUGCCCUCCUUUUCAUCACUGUGUGCGAAGCAGGUAAUAUCUUCCUCCUUGUCGUCAUCAAACAAACACCGACUCUCAAGGGAUUCUCGGGGCUGCUCCUCCUCAACAACGAAGUGGUGCACUUUGUUGAGCACGUGGUUUUCCUAAUAUUGCUGUUGUUAGCAUGCAUCAGUCAUGAUAACAACCACUCGGCCCUGCCUUUGACGGUAGCGAUACAUUACGUUGUGGUGCUGAAACAGACAUGGAUGACCUUGUCACUGUUUCUGUUGCUAGGGAUCAGUUUUAAUCUGUAUGUGGCCAUCUGCAAGAGUACGAUGUACAGCCAGAUAAUAACUGUGAAGAGAGGAUACAUUUUCAUCAUCAUCUCCUGGGUCGUCAGCUUGACGCUGGGACUUAGUCCGCUAUUUGGUGGCUCCGAGAAUGACGAAUGUCUUGACUUGACGUCACUCUGGCUCACGAUCCUACAUCUGAUGUACGGGGUUUGGUCUUUAGCUGGAAAUGCGUGGUUCCUCCACAAGGUGCUCAAGCAUAGACCUCCGCUUGGCUCAAGGAGUCGUUCUACCCAGGAGAAACUGAAGCUGACGAAGUUUAUAUUUAUCUUAUAUAUCAGUAAUGCACUCACAUUCAUAGCUUUAAACAUGGCGAACAGUUUUCGUGUCAGCCUAACUUCAAGAGGACUCGACUACCUUGUGUUUGCUAUACAUGUCGUAUCUAGAGCGUACUCCAUCGCCCGUCCGUGCUACCUUCUGGUGCUGUACCGACCGUUGUGGGAGACUACAAAGACCCUCCUACGAUGCCGCCCGAGACGUCCCCCUAAUACAGUCGCCCCAUCUAUAAUACCCAUCACAGCUGCAAGGCCAAGCCAAAGAAUCAACAAUAGUGGACAAGUGGACUAA